UAUAUUGGAGCCUUGAAGUGGUUAUGGCCAUGAUGCAAAGGUGGUUCAGAGUCAAACAAGUGGUUGGAGAGUGACCAUAUUAAUUGCAGUCCCAGCAGAACAAGCCCCUCCAUGGAGAAGGACAAGAACAACAAUGAUGAAUAUGACAACUACGAUGAACUGGUGGCCAAAUCUCUGCUUAACCUGGGCAAGAUUGCAGAGGACGCCGCUUACCUGGCCAUGACGGAGUCCGAGAUGAACAGCAACUCCUCAAACAGCGCAGAAGAAGAGGAGGAGGAAGAAGAAGAUGAAGAGGAUGAAGAAGAUGAGAAUGAGGAGGGCUCAAGGAAAGGUGAGCUGAGUCUAGACAUCAACAGUGAUGUGGUAAGGGAGACUGUGGACUCUCUAAAGCUCCUGGCACAGGGUCAUGGAGUCACGCUCUCAGAAAACCUCCACGAAAAGCCUUUUCAGGACGAUGGGAGCGAAAACACAGACUGUGGAUACAUCAACGGAAAUGGAUCCACAGGUAAUGGACUCAGUGGUAACUGUGGUAAACCCUCCAGUAAUGGCCAGAUGGCAGAGAAGAGCGACGAGGAAGUUUGUCUGAGUAGUUUGGAGUGUCUUCGCAACCAGUGCUUUGACUUGGCACGCAAGCUAAGUGAGACCAAGCCAACCGAGCGGUUCCACAAUAACCAGCAGGAGGCUCAUCAGCUUUAUCAAGAAGCCCAACAGCAGCAUCAGCAUCAGAGUCCUGAUGUCCUCGAGCGGAAUUACUCUGACAUGGUCAACUUGAUGAAGCUUGAGGAGCAGCUCAGCCCACGCUCCAAGACUUUCUCCAGCUGCGCCGCAGAGCACAAAGGCUUCCAGGACUGUGAUGAAGACACCACCUCCGUCACGUCGGACCGCUCAGAGGAUGUUUUCGACAUGACCAAAGGCAACCUGUCACUGCUGGAGAAGGCCAUAGCGCUGGAAACAGAGAGGACCAAAGCUUUGCGGGAAAAAAUGGCUUCGGAAGCAGUCAGGAGAGACAGACUGCAUUUGCAUGAGCAUGGUUUGCGGCACAGCUAUGCAGAGGAGCGGAAAGCGCGCCUGCACCACGAUGGUCUAAAGAAGCCCUACUACCUUAAAGAUUCCUCACGGUCAGGGAAAAAAGAGAGUCGGUGUCCAGCGCCUGGUUGUGACGGCACAGGUCAUGUGACGGGUUUGUACCCGCAUCAUCGCAGCCUGUCUGGAUGUCCUCAUAAAGACAGAGUCCCACCAGAAAUUCUUGCAAUGUAUGAAAAUGUUCUUAAGUGCCCUACGCCUGGCUGCACGGGCCGGGGUCACGUCAACAGCAACAGGAACUCUCACAGGAGCCUGUCAGGCUGUCCAAUAGCGGCUGCAGAGAAACUGGCCAAAGCCCAUGAGAAACAUCCGUCAUGUGAUGGAGGCAAAUCCAACCAGGCUUCAGAUCGUGUGCUCAGGCCCAUGUGCUUCGUCAAACAGCUGGAGAUUCCACAGUACGGCUAUAAAAACAACGUGCCCACUUCAACCCCACGAUCCAACCUGGCCAAAGAGUUAGAGAAAUACUCCAAAACCAACUUUGACUACAACAGCUAUGACAACACCAACAUCUACAGCAAACGGCACUCUGCUGCACCCAAAGUCCACAGUCGGGACACACUGCCCAAAAGCGAUGAUGCAAAGCGCUACUGCAAGAGCUCCAGUUCGGCGAGCAGCACCACCAGCAGCUAUGGGCCCAGCAGCAGCAGCCUGAGCUGUGGAGGAGGAGGAGGAGCGAGCAGCGCCAGCAGCACCUGCAGCAAGAGCAGCUUCGACUACACACACGACAUGGAGGCGGCGCACAUGGCUGCUACCGCCAUCCUCAACCUCUCCACCCGCUGCAGAGAGAUGCCACAGAGUCUGAGCCGGAAACCCCUGGAGAUCUGCACGCAGGCUGAUGAUCUGGAUCCCUUCCAGGACAUUUUAGAGGACAGCGCGUACACUACUGAUGUCGGCAUCCCCACUCCCAAAACAAAAUUCCUGCCUUGCAAAGAAAGCAAAAAGGACCUGAUAACUCUUUCAAGUUGUCCUUUAGCAGAUAAAAGCAUUCGGAGUAUGAUGGCCACCAACUCACAAGAACUCAAGUGCCUGACCCCGGGCUGUGACGGCUCGGGACAUAUCACUGGCAACUACGCUUCACACAGAAGGUGUCCGGUUCCUGGUUGUGACGGUCAAGGUCACAUAACGGGCAAAUAUGCGUCACACCGCAGCGCAUCAGGCUGCCCUCUAGCGGCCAAACGACAGAAGGACGGCUAUAUCAAUGGCCCCCAGUUCACAUGGAAAGCUGGGAAGACGGACGGCACGUCAUGUCCCACCCCAGGCUGUGACGGCUCUGGACACGUCAGCGGCAGUUUCCUGACCCACAGAAGUCUCUCUGGUUGCCCACGUGCCACAGCAGCAAUGAAGAAAGCCAGACUAUCAGGAGUGGAGAUGCUCACAAUAAAACAGCAAACAAGCAAUGGUUUAGACUGUGACACAGAUGUUAAACAGCUGGAUGAAGAUAUGAAAGAUUUAAAUGAAUCAAAUUCACAGGUGGAGGCGGAUAUGAUCAAACUUAGAACACAGAUUACCACAAUGGAGUCUAAUCUGAAGUCCUUAGAGGAAGAAAACAAGAAAUCACUUCACAAAGAGCCUCCAGUUAGACAUAGCAGCUGUUUACAUCAGAGAGAGCCGAUGAGCGAACAGAGCUUUGACGCAUACGUGACCACGCUAACGGACAUGUACACCAAUCAAGAUCACUAUCAGAGUCCAGAGAACAAGGCCCUGCUAGAAAAUAUAAAACAAGCGGUACAAGGCAUUCAAGUCUAGCAUCUCAGAACGUUCCUAAGGUGAAGGAAUACUGGGGAAAGAAAAAAAAAUCAUAAUAAUCAUAUGGGAUGCCUCAUGCUUUGCUGUUGUAGUUUAUCAAAGUGUUAAAUUCAUGUUCUUUUAAAAAGUGUUAUGCUGACUA